AUGUGUAAUCCUCAUAAAACCCCAAAUUCGAUUAUUUCGAUUCAAACUAGAGAUUUAGAAAACCAUAUCAUUCCUUUUUUCGAUUUCGUCAAGAAGAUCGUGGGUGCUGACAAAUAUCUGUUUCCGGUUUUCAGACGCUCAAAGAAUUCUGUAGAAUUGAUCGAGAGAGCGAUGCUCAACAUACAGGUUUUGAGAGAUGAAGGUGUCCCUCAAUCAAAUAUUGUCAAGUUUCUAAUCAACAGACCGACGACACUAAUGACUAGCACUGUUAGAUUUAAGGAGAUUCUGCAAGAGAUUAGAGGUAUGGGUUUUGAUCCUUCCAAAUAUGCAUUUAUGCGUGCUAUUCAUGCAAUCACAGCUAUGACUAAAUCAACCUGGGAAACAAAAUUGAAUGCUUACAGGAAAUGGGGUUUAUCAGAAGAACAAAUUCAACAUGCAUUUAUGUUGAGUCCUUUUUCUAUGAUGCACUCUGUAAAGAAGAUAAGCUCCAUCAUGGAUUAUCUUGUGAAUCGAAUGGGUAUUAGUUCAUCGCAUAUUGCCAAAGUGCCAACUGUUUUGCUUGGAGAAGAGGAUCAUACCUAG